AUCACGUCCUUUGGAUAUAUGUUUCAUGCUUGAAGGAAUAUCCGUAACAGAAACCAGAAUCUAAAGUAAAUGAUUGGACUUUUUGUUUCGUUGUCGACACAAUGAAAAUUUUGUUGUCCAUUGAUCCACACCCUCGAAAUACUGUCAUUAAAUCUUCAUGUAUUGGCAUCACUGAUGCUUCUUUCCAGAUGGUUUCUCCAAUGACUAAUUUGCAAUAGUCAAAGUCGGAAAACAGUGCUUUUAAGCCGGUGCAUGUUCUUGAAAUGAUUCUUUAAACUUUGGUAAGACCACAAUCGAAAACUGAAGAGGUUCUGUGCUCAAACAAUGUUUAUCUUCGCAUCGAUAUUAUUGGUCUUUUACUCGAUGUUUACUAGAAAAAACAUCUACCGUUGAGCAUCAACAAUUUAAUGAAUUUGAAGUGAAAAUAUCGUUAAAUAUUAUCUCUUCUGAUUCAGUUACUUAUGUCAGUUCUAAUCCAGUGUGUGUAUAGAAUAUAUUACAGUUGAUCGCCAGUUACGUCUACUCUCGUGUCUCUAUGAUAUGGGUACUUGUUCGCCACACAGAUUUUGUUUUUAAGUUGUUAAGUCACCGUACAUUACCCUCAUACUGAACGAUAUUGAUCGGCGAAUUAAAAAUAUAAAUGACUUAAGGACUGAUCCCGUGCUAGAGUGCAUGCAAACUUGGCACAAAUUAUCGCUCACAGAACAAAAAGCGAUUGUUGCUUCACAUUAAAACCUUCAUUGGAAUAAAAAUUACAUAAUGACAGAGUAUAAGCUUGUUGUUGUGGGAUCUGGAGGUGUUGGCAAGUCUGCGCUUACAAUCCAACUAAUACAAAAUCAUUUUGUGGACGAAUAUGAUCCCACUAUAGAAGACUCUUAUAGAAAACAAGUAGUUAUAGAUGGAGAAACAUGCCUGUUGGAUAUAUUAGACACAGCUGGUCAAGAAGAAUACAGUGCAAUGAGAGACCAGUAUAUGAGAACUGGGGAAGGAUUUUUAUUAGUCUUUGCUGUAAAUUCAGCUAAGAGUUUCGAAGACAUAGGAACAUAUAGGGAACAAAUAAAACGAGUUAAAGAUGCAGAGGAAGUACCGAUGGUGUUGGUAGGGAAUAAAUGUGAUCUUCAACAGUCUUGGGCAGUAAAUAUGACACAAGCAAGAGAAGUUGCCCGUCAAUAUGGAGUGCCUUUUGUUGAAACUUCAGCUAAGACUAGAAUGGGAGUGGACGAUGCGUUUUACACAUUGGUGAGAGAAAUACGGAGAGAUAAAGAAUAUAGAGGUAAAGAAAAAAAGAAACGUAUGAAGACAGCUAGUACAAGCCGUAGGAGACAUCGGUGUUGUUUGCUUUAAAUCACCAAAUAACGUUAAUUUUCUCAUUCGAUACAUUAAUAUGGAAAUAGAUUGUAAAAAACAUCAGAUUAUAUUCACGUUACGCACAUUUUUGCAGCUUCCUCUAUAGAAUGUUGUAAUGAAUUACAAGCACAAUUUUUUCUAUACAUUGGGAGGGAAAAAGAACAAAAUAUGUAAUAGUAUUGUAUUAUAUCACGUACAUUUUUACUCUUGAAGUUAAAUUCCAUAAAAUACAUUAUUCGUUUAACAGUCUGCCAUAUAACUCUUAAUAUUCCAUUAGCAGAAGAAUUUUAACCCUUGAUUGCAUAGAAUAGUCAGUAUGAAAAAACUAUUUUUUCAGCCAUGCAUCUGUUUUAUUAUUGAAUGUUGGAAAGUAUUAUCUAAUGAAAGAAUUCUUUUAUAAUAUUAUAGAUGUAAAAAAUGUAUAAUUCAUUGAAUUUCUGAAAUUUAAUUUUCUAUAUUUUAUUCGUAUAGUUCAUAAUUUUUAUUCGUUGAUUAAUAAAUGUUUUUAAUUUUUAUCUCUAUAUUUUAAUAUGCAUAAUAAAAACAUUUCAUUUUUCUAAACAGAGAAACGUAUCAAACUCGAGAAACAAAAACAUGAAUAACUCAUUUUGUGCUGUGAUUAAAUAAUCUUAAGCAUGCCAUGCUAGUUAGAUAUUGCUGUGAUUAAAUAUGCAAUUUUCAUAUAAACGCCAAUUUAGUAGUACAUAGGUUUAUUCGCGUUUCCUUUUUUAGUGCAAUUAAAAACG